UUUCUGGGAGAAAUCCACGCAACGACAGGAUCAAAUUGAGAUCAUCCUAUAUGAUUUGUGUCUGCCUUUUUGGACUUUUUGCGACCAUUAGUUCUUGUAUUCCAACUCAGCAAAUUGAAACCACAACUACCACAACUACCACAACAACCACGACAACAUCCACGACCACAACCACUCCCAGUUAGGUUCUACCCAAUUUCAUUCUUCAACUAUUAAAAUUUCCAAAAAUUGUUUACUGGUUAUUGCGUCGAUUCAUGGACUAAUCUCAACCAUAGCCAUGAUGGUUCUUCACAGGCCUUACCGAGAAGUCUUGUCGAGUAUGAUUGUGAAGACACCGGAGGUCAAAAGAUUGAAAGUUUUACAGUUGUCCACUAUUUCUAGGUCAAAGAUUGUCGUGUUGUAAG